UUUCGUUUUCCACCUCCACCUCCUCCACCACGCUGCGUUCAGGGCCGCACUUGCGCAACCGCAUUAUGGGAAAGUCAGCGUAUCGUCCGGGGGCGUGUUGUGUGUGAGGAGGCGAGAGAGGGAAAUCCAUGACUUCCGCGUUUUUCCUCCCAGCCUGAAACUGAGUGCACACUAACUAUGGGCUAUAAAAAGCCACCAUGUUGCUCACAGACGCGACAUUCACGUUAAGACGCGGACUGAACCGUGUGACAUCAACAUCAAGGAGGAGGACUAUCUUUGAGGAGCUCAGGCAUCCUACUGCCAACUGAUGGGACAUCAAGAUAAAGAGAUGGACGCAGAGUCUCUCCAGAAGAAGAGCAGUGGUCGACGUGGAUGCUGUCUGGACGUUUUCCUCGUCGUGUCCGUCUUGUUUCUGUUCGUGUCGGUGUCAGCUGUGGCUGUCGGCGGGCUGCUGGCUGUGAUGGAGCUAAGAGCCAAACUGGAGUCCCUAACUCAUCCUCAUGUUCAUCCUGAGACAUCCAGGAUGACAGGAGACACACCUGACCCAGCAUACAAGAUGCAGAACUUUGUCUAUCUGGAAGCCAAAUCAAGCAAGUUGAAGACCUCAACCAUGCACUGGGAUGCAGUCGACUAUGCUACUGGGACUUCUGUAGGGAGCAACUUCUUGUUUGACGCCGAGCAGCAUUUGCUGAAGGCCAAGCAGGUUGGGACCUACUUCAUAUACAUCGAUCUCAACCUCACCUGCACCGGCACCUGCGACGCGGGCCUCCUCACCGUGCGCUUGGGCAAUAAGCUCACCUGCGAGGUGGAGCUUCCGGAAAUGGCAGACAUAACGCCUGUGAGCAGGAAGUGCUGGACGGUGAGCCAGCUGGAGGGGCAGAAACUGCUCACUCAGAUGACCGUACCAGAGAACGGGCUGACGGACUGGAAACUGGAACUUAAAGGCUCAGGAUUGGGGAUGUUCCUCGUGGACUGAUGUGGAUGCUGCAGUGCCACACUGCUGGCAGCAGGAAGCAGAUCUGCCCGUGACCUCUGGGUCGUUACUAAAGAACAACACCAGUUUUGUGUUUUCUUAAAGUCCAAGAAGGUGAAAAUGGACAGGCGGCGGCGCCAUUUUCAAAGCUAGGACCAGAUUUCUUGAAGAUGAAGCUUAGCAGGAAUUUCAGGUGGAAUCUGAAGAGAAGUUGCAUUCAUGAUGAUGCAAACAGCAUAAUGGAAAAGACUAGACACUCACCUCAUUCUGUAUACGUUACUCUGUGUAUGAUAUAUUUAUUUGAUAAUAUAUAUUUAUGUACCUAUAUUUAUGUUUUUAUAGACAUUUAUUUUGAUGUAGAUAUCACUACAUUGAUUGCAUUUUUGUGCAAUUCACUGCAUAUUUAAUCAGCCCAUAUGACUUUAUAGCUCUGUUUUCAUUUUAUAAAUGGCUGGGGGCAUAAAGUUGAGGCUUAUUGAUGUGAUUAUAAUUCUGCUCCAAAACCCCAACAAGCUCCUCAGGGACCUCAUUUCGAUCUAGUGUAGUUAAAGUGGACUCAUUUAAUCUCUUCUGGCAAAUGAUGAAAACAGUGAUGACUAACACUCUGCACUUAUAAAUGAACUUUUACAAAAACCCAUAAAAAUGACCUUUCUGUAAUCAAAACAUGACCAGAAUAUCUAAAAUAUCUUUAAUAUGUGGACUCGUGAAUUUAGAAAAUGUUUUGUUUUUUAAAGAUAUGUAAGUCCUAUGGACAAACUACACAUUGUUGAAUGUAUUUUUAUCGUAAUCCAUAUUAAACAUGGAUAUGGUGAACAAACUGAGAUCAUUUUGGUGUGAAAAGUAGAAAGUGACGAGUGUGAAAGCGAUUGUGACAAAGUCUCAAGUGGAAUAUGUGAAAAGUUCAUCGGUAAGGGAAAGUUCCCUGCUGUUACGCAGCUCAUACCGGGAACUAGAUGUACAUCAUUUCCUGUUUAUUUACCAAACAGUGUGGUUUCGAAAAACAAACCUCUAUGUGGGCCAGCAAACAAACACAAUUACACCUCCUGUGUGAUUUAAACCCACGUGAAAAUAAAUGGUACCUGCUAUUAUGAUAUAUGAGUUACGGCUUUCAUUUUGUCAGCGCACACACGAAGCAGAACGCAAAUAUCUAAGAGGAAAUGCUGCAUGUGAUUUUUAAAAAAACAUAGCUGGUUUAAUUAGAUCAUUACUUAUGAACAGUGACUGUGUGCUUUUUAACAUUUCUGCUCUCUCUCUUCCAUUUAUUUUCUUUAUGGUGACUCAUUAAAUAUAUUGAUUCCCAAACUGAGAAACACAUAAAA